AUGGCCCUUCAACCAACCCAAAGAGGAAUGGUUUCUUUGUUGAUCUUCCUAACUCCAGCAGUGACAACAACAUGGUAUGCAGGUUCAGGUUAUUAUCCAGAUGAAAGCUACAAUGAUGUAUAUGUCAAAAAAGUUCCACAAGCCCCUGCUCUAGAAUACCAAGUCCCCCGAUGGUGUUAUACAUUAAAUAUCCAGGAUGGAGAAGCCACAUGCUACUCACCAAGGGGAGGAAAUUAUCACAGCAGCCUGGGAACUCGUUGUCAACUCACCUGUGACCAAGGUUUUCAAUUGAUUGGACAGAGGUCAGUGCAGUGCCUCCAAAAUCGCCGUUGGUCGGGAACGGCCUACUGCAGGCAAGUAAGAUGCCACACAUUGCCAUUCAUUGCUAGUGGCACCUACACCUGCACAAAUGGAGUGCUUCUUGACUCCCGCUGUGACUACAGCUGUUCCAGUGGCUACUCCCUGGAAGGUGACCGAAGUCGCAUCUGUAUGGAAGAUGGACAGUGGAGUGGAGGCGAGCCUGUAUGUGUAGAUAUAGAGCCCCCCAAGAUCCGUUGUCCCCACUCACGAGAGAAAAUGGCAGAGCCAGAGAAGUUGACUGCCCGAGUAUACUGGGAUCCACCAUUGGUGAAAGAUUCUGCUGAUGGUACCAUCACAAGGAUAACACUUCGGGGCCCUGAGCCUGGUUCUCAUUUUCCUGAAGGAUAUCAUGUGAUUCGUUACACUGCCUAUGACAGAGCUUACAAUAGAGCCAGCUGCAAGUUCGUUGUGAAAGUACAAGUAAGACGCUGCCCAGUUCUGAAACCACCACAGCAUGGCUACCUCAUCUGCACUUCAGCAGGGAAUAACUAUGGUGCCACCUGUGAAUAUCACUGUGAUGGUGGUUAUGAGCGCCAAGGGACCCCUUUCCGGGUCUGCCAGUCCAGUCGUCAGUGGUCUGGAUCACCACCUAUCUGUGCUCCUAUGAAGAUUAAUGUUAAUGUUAACUCAGCUGCUGGCCUUCUGGAUCAGUUCUUUGAGAAAAGGCACCUCCUCAUCAUCUCAGCUCCUGACCCCUCCAACCGAUAUUAUAAAAUGCAGAUCUCUAUGCUUCAGCAAUCCACCUGUGGUCUGGACCUGCGUCAUGUGACCAUCAUUGAGCUUGUGGGGCAGCCACCUAAGGAGGUGGGGCGCAUCCAGGAGCAGCAGCUGUCAGCCAACAUCAUCAAGGAGCUCAGGCAAUUUCAGCACCUCACUCACUCCUAUUUCAACAUGGUAUUGAUUGACAAGCAAGGUAUAGACCGGGAACGCUACCUGGAGCCUGUCACCCCUGAGGAGAUAUUCACCUUCAUUGAUGACUACUUACUGAGCAACCAGGAACUGGUCCAGCACAGGGAACAAAGGGACAUAUGCGAAUGAACCUGAGCCAAAGCAUGAAGAGGUUUAGGAAAAACUACUC